GCGUACGCAGGCCUCCCGUCCCCCAGCUGGCCUCCGGGGUUGCCCCGCUUAGCCCGGCUCGGCGCGGACUGCUAGAAGUUGGCCUCUUUGGUUGGGACCGAAGCUGCCUUCCCUGCGGCGACGACUCAGCAGAGUAUCGUCCGGCAGGUGACUUUAUCCAAAUUUUCCAGCUGCAGAAUGCGUAGUACCUUAAAAGGUUGGCAAUGACAAGUAAACUGGAAAUAAAGGAAGACAAGAUGCUGGAGGUUCAAUUUGUGGGAGAUGAUGAUGUUCUUAAUCACAUUCUCGAUAGAGAAGGAGGAGCUAAAUUAAAGAAGGAGCGAGCCCAGCUUUUGGUCAACACAAAAAAAAUAAUAAAGAAGCCAGAAUAUGGUUUGGAGGAAGAUGACCAGGAAGUCUUAAAAGAUCAGAACUAUGUGGAAGUUUUGGGAAGAGAUGUUCAAGAAUCAUUGAAAAAUGGCUCUGCUACAGAUGGUGGGAAUAAAGUUUAUUCUUUUCAGAAUAGAAAACACUCUGAAAAGAUGGCUAAAUUAGCUUCAGAACUGGCAAAAACACCAAGAAAAAGUGUUUCAUACAGUUUGAAGAAUGAUCCUGAAAUUAUGAUAAACAUUCCUCAAAGUAGCAAAAAGCAUUCUGCUUCAGACAAAGUUCAGCUGAAGAACAAUGACAAAAGUGAAUUUCUGUCAACACCACCUCGUAGUCUAAGAAAAAGAUUAAUAGUUUCAAGGUCUCAUUCUGACAGUGAAAGUGAAUAUUCUGCUUCUAACUCAGAGGAGGAUGAAGGGAUUGCACAGGAAUAUGAAGAGGACACUAAUGCAGUCAUACUCAGCCAAAAGAUUGAAGCUCAGAAUAGAGUAGUUUCAGCUUCUGUUUGCAAAGAGACGCCUUCAAAGAAAAUGAAAAGAGAUAAAACAAGUGACUUAGUAGAAGAAUAUUUUGAAGCUCACAGCAGUUCAAAAGUUUUAACCUCUGAUAGAACACUGCAGAAGCUAAAGAGAGCUAAACUGGAUCAGCAAACGUUGCAUAACUUAUUGAGCAAGGUUUCUCCUUCCUUUUCUGCUGAACUUAAACAACUAAAUCAACAAUAUGAAAAAUUAUUUCAUAAAUGGAUGCUGCAGUUACACCUUGGGUUCAACGUUGUGCUUUAUGGUUUGGGUUCUAAGAGAGAUUUACUAGAAAGGUUUCGAACCACCAUGCUGCAAGAUUCCAUUCAUGUUGUCAUCAAUGGCUUCUUUCCUGGAAUCAGUGUAAAAUCCGUCCUGAAUUCUAUAACAGAAGAAGUCCUCAAUUAUAUGGGUACUUUCCGAAGUGUACUGGAUCAGCUAGAUUGGAUAAUAAACAAAUUUAAAGAAGAUUCUUCUUUAGAACUCUUCCUUCUUAUCCACAAUUUGGAUAGCCAAAUGUUGAGAGGAGACAAGAGCCAGCAAAUCAUUGGACAGUUGUCAUCCUUGCAUAACAUAUACCUUAUAGCAUCUAUUGAUCACCUCAAUGCUCCUCUCAUGUGGGAUCAUGAAAAGCAAAGUCUUUACAACUGGCUCUGGUAUGAAACUACUACAUAUAGUCCUUAUACUGAAGAAACCUCCUAUGAAAAUUCUCUUCUGGUUAAACAGUCUGGAUCCCUACCACUUAGUUCCUUGACUCAUGUCUUACGAAGCCUUACCCCUAAUGCAAGGGGAAUUUUCAGGCUACUAAUAAAGUAUCAGCUGGAUAACCAGGAUAACCCUUCUUACAUUGGACUUUCUUUUCAAGAUUUUUACCAGCAGUGUCGGGAGGCAUUCCUCGUCAAUAGUGAUUUGACACUCCGGGCCCAGUUAACUGAAUUUAGGGACCACAAGCUUAUAAGAACAAAGAAGGGAACUGAUGGAGUGGAGUAUUUAUUAAUUCCUGUUGACAGUGAAACAUUGACUGAUUUCUUGGAAAAGGAAGAAGAGGAGGCUUGAAGCUAUCUUUUACUCCUGAACCUUCCAUGGAAGGGUUGUUGUACCCCAGCUGCCACUCCUCUAGUGGAAAGUGUUGUGUUUACAUCCAUUAGAUUAUUUUUCCAGCGUACAAGAUUUCGAUUUGGGAAGAGGGGGAUGUCAUCAAUUAGAACUUUUGAUUAGCCUGGCCGGUGUACUGUCUCUAGUGCUACGCAGCGGUGCUCAAGUUGGAGAAAAUGUGCCUUUUUCAUUCAUUACCUUUCUGGAGACUUCUUGCUGGAAUGAACAGUGUGCUCAGGGACUAUUUGGAACUGGAUGUUUUUGAAUUCUUUUAUACUAGAGAUAUUAUUCCUAAUUUUUUGAGGGCCUUCUAACACUCCCCGAGCUGAUUGUUUGCAAGUGUACUUGUUCCAGAGUGUGGAAGUAUAAAGACACGGGCAUCACAUAAAUUGGUUUUGUUUGCUGCUGUGUGUGCUGAAACCAAUGAGUGUAAUGGAGAAGGCAGAUCAUCUUUUACUGUUUCUGAAACAACAAAAGAUAUAGAUUGGGAAGAAGUAGGUGAUCCAGCUUUCUCCUUUUGGACUUAGGCUAUGUACUUAGGGGUUGGGGGACAGGGAAUAUGAUACUAUUCAGUUGGGAUAGUGACAAAAACAGAGUAUAUAGGGUAUAUACCCAACCUAGAAAGCACAUAAACAAUGGAAAAUGAUACUUGGAACAGUUAAUGUCUGUGCCAUGACCUUCAUGAUGCAAGUGAGAAGCCAGGCUAGAGAAAUAAAAUCCUGAAUUACAUUUUAAUAAUUGUUUUCAAGACAACAGAAAAUAAAAACAUUUCAUUAUUCUUGUAUAUUGACAUAUUUUUCUUUUCUUGAAUAACAUGCAGGUGAGUAGCAUUUUAAUGGCUGGCUGUAAAUUAAUCUUGAUUCCUCUGUAGACCCAAAACUCACUGUAUGAUAUUUGUUUUUUUUCUUAAAAUGAUAAUUUCAAGCCUUCUAAAUAUUUGCACGAGCCUUUUUUCUUAGGAAAGAAAAAAAGGGUAACCUUGGCUACUGUUGUCAGCUUAGUGUUUUCACAUACCCCCUGAUAUAUUUCAUACUUGGAAAUGAAAUUCUUCCUUAAAAUAUCACUGCAAUAAAAUAUGUACUGCAUCAGCA